AGUAUCAAAAUGAAAUUCCUCAUCCUUGCCGCCUGCUUGAUCGCCGCAGUUUCUGCCGACAGCACAGCUUCAGUCGUUCGUUCCGACUCGACUGUCGAUGUUGAUGGCUUCAACUAUGCCUACGAAACCAGCAACAAAAUCGCCGAAACUGCCUCCGGCAAGUUGAAGACCCCCGAAGAAAUCGAAGUUACCGGAGAAUUCUCGUAUGUCAGUCCCGAAGGAACUCCCGUCAAGGUUACCUACCGUGCCGACAGCACUGGCUUCCAUCCCGAAGGCGAUGUUGUCCCAGUUGGACCUCCAGUUCCCGAAUGGGUUGAACGUGCCAUCAAAUUGUUGCCCGUUGUCGAAGGACAUCGUCGCAGAUAA